AGCGGCUCUCUCUCUUCCCUCAAACGCUCAGGCUGCAAAAAACGGCAAAAUUGAAAUUCAAAACUUUUUUCAGAAAGACUGGCUCAUAUUGCUAGGUAGGGUUAAAUGUUUAGAAUUUAAAGUAACUCAGCCAUGAUCUAUAGAUUUCUGUUUUCACAUCUGUUUCUGCAUCUUCCCUCAACAUGACUCCAGUAUAUUUCAGCUAUGGAGCGUCUGAAGUUGGUCCUGCAGUACUUUCAGUCUAACUCUGAGUCCAUCUCCAAUGGGAUCUGUAUCAUCCUGGCUUUAGUCAGUGUCAAGCUCUACACCAGCUUUGACUUUAACUGCCCGUGCCUUCCUGAGUACAACAAACUCUACUCUCUGGGAGUGAUGUUCAUCCCACCCAUCAUAUUGUUCUUCCUGGGGGUCCUGGUCAACAGACAUACAGGCAUCAUGAUGGACGAGUGGAUGAGACCAAUUGGGAACAGAUCCAAAAAUCCUGCUGUGGUGAAGUACCUGUUCUCAGCCAUGAUGCAGAGGGCCCUUCUGGCCCCGCUGGUGUGGAUCCUGGUCACUUUGCUCGAUGGAAAAAUCUUCAUCUGUGCUUUCAGUGCGAGUGUAGACCCUGCACUCUUCUCAGGUUUGCCCAACAAUACAGACUUGAAUGUGAUCAAAAUCAUGUCCAAAGUGGCCUGUAAGGAGGAUGUUAUCUUCAAGAACAGCUCCUUCCGCAAAGCAGUGUCUCGAUAUGUUCGCUGCUAUUCACAAGCAGUGGGCUGGUCCAUCCUUCUAUUCCUGAUUGUACUGGGAGCACUGGGGCGCCUUAUCAAGCCGUGUUUCGAUGAACAUGCCAGCUUCCUGCAGAUCCGUUACUGGAGCAACUACCUUGACGUGGAGCAGAAGCUCUUUGACGAAACCUGUGUCCUACAUGCACGUGACUUUGCCCAGAAAUGUGUGGUACAGUUCUUUGAGGACAUGAGGGAGGACACUGUACUCCAUCUUCCCCACCCACCCUUCAUUAGCCACUACCAAGAGGACUGGCAGGAUGGAGAGGCGGAGAGACUUCAUGGGAUAACAAAGCAGGAGCAGGUGGACCAGCUGCUCAACAAGUGGUACUUCAGUAAACCUGAACUUGAUGUGACGAGGAUCGGCCACAGACCCAGGACGUGUGUUACCUGGGAGGACCAUAAAGGGAAAACGUUAUACUCUGAUGUAUAGGACACGACCAGGAUCCCAAACUCUAUGUGUCAUUCACGGUAAUUAAAGGUGACAUAUUAUGCAAGAAUCACUUUUUCAGUGUGUUUGCACAUUAAUCAGAUUAAUGUGUGUAUCUGUGGAGCCUGUCGGUCCACAGACUGUGAUAAAAACCCUGUGUUUUUUUAGUGUGAGCUGGCUAAACCCUACAGCCUGGC